AUGUGGCCCAAAAGCGAAGUGAAGACGCGCAACGUGACAGCCACAGCCUACAUUCUCGGAACACUAGAGAAGGAAGAGUUCGGUUCUGGUUGUCUACUACCUCAGCCGGAGUACAGCGAUUACUACGAGCUUCGAGUGGUUGAAAAUGCCCUUUCACUUAGUGAGAACAACGCAACCGUGUGUACCAUAGUCACCUGGACUGUCGAUGACGCCAGUGCGCGAAGUCUUCUCGGAUACGUUCUCGAAAUAACCCAAUCGACUGCCAACACUUGUCGCCUUAUUUGGAUUCCUUGUGUGGACUGUUUUCCACACCAUAGUUUGCGGAAUGCCUUGCCUGCGGUGGAGGAACAGCUGCGUGAAAUAGAGACACAAUGCACAAAGGUUUCUACACAAUUGUUGCAGCACGCAGAACGCCUCGACUCCAAACUCUACAGGACGACAAUCCGCCUCGUGUUGGGAUUUCAGAGUAGUGGUGAGACAAAUGAUACGUUCUCGGGGAUGGUGAGAGUCCACGCUGUGAAGAUGGGUUCGGUUCAUCAGAUAAUGGAACAUUAUUGGCCGUCGACUGCUAAAGGUAAAGCAACGAGUUAA